GUCUUUCCAUCUUAUACGUGUGUAUGUAUAAAUUUCUCAGAAGACAACAUAGUUCAAAAGUUGUUACUAAUUAAAAGUGUCCUUAACGAGAAAGAGAGAGAAUGAGCUAUAGAGAGAGAAAACCAGAAAGAAACCCAAACUUCAACCUCGUCCCUUUCCGUGCCGGCAAGAGGCCAUCUAGAAGGGACCAAAUCCAACCAAAGCGUCAUCCGGUGAGGGAGAGACCAACCCGUGAAACCCAACUCCACCACAACCCACAGAGAAGUAAGGCGCAGGGACCUGAAAGGGCAGAUCGAGAGGAAUGGUCAAGAAGACAACAGCAUCCAUCUUACGAUUAUGGCAAAGGAGUCCUGGAAAAAGCUAUCCCAUUCUUCUUCACCAACUUUCCAGAAGAUUGGGAAAUGGGAGAGAUGUGGAGGGUGUUCAUCAAAAUAAGGAGAGUGAUUCAAGUGUUCAUAGCCAAAAAACGAGACCAAAAAGGCAAGAGGUUUGGUUUCGUUAGAUUCUUGGAAGUUAAAGACAUUAGGAGUGUGGAAUAUCAACUAAACCAAAUCAAAAUUGGUCAUCAAACUCUGCAAGCAAACCUUGCAAGAUUCUCCAUGCAUGAGACACAAAAGAAGAGGGAAGAAAACAAAGCAAUCAAAGCCAAGGAUCAACCGUAUGCCGGAGCUCUGGGGGCAACGGGGCCACAAAUAGAAGGACACCGAUCGUAUGUCGAUGUCGUCAGAUCCAAUUUAGGAAGAAUAGAUAACAAGACAAAGCCACACUGGGCAUGGAAGAUGAAGAAACGAGCUGGAGCGGCAAAAGAAGAAAAGGAAGACUGGAAUGGAAUGGAAGUUCAAGCAGACGAAAAAAACAUAAGGAGGCUGGAGAAUUGCUAUGUUGGACGAGCAAAAUGCCCUGAAAUCAUUAGCACCCUUCAAGAUAAAUUUGCAAUGGAAGGAUAUUUCUCAGCCAAGGUUACUCCAAUGGGAGGCAACUUAGUGUUACUAUCAAGUGGGAACAAAGAGGAGCUUAAACACCUUGUGGAUGAAGGACGUGAAUGGCUUGCACAAUGGUUUACAGAUGUAAGACCAUGGACUCCAGAGGAAGUGGCAACUGAGAGAUUCACGUGGCUUAGAUGUCAAGGAGUGCCACUGCACAUAUGGAAGAGUAAUUUCUUUGAAACAGUGGCAUGCAUGUUCGGACAAUUUGUUUCAUUAGAUGGGAGCACCAUUAAAAAAUCCAAGUUGGAUGUGGCAAAGAUCUUGAUCCUAACACCACUGCAAGAAAACAUUAAGAAGGUCCUGAAGAUCCAAGUGAAGAACAAGCUUUUCCAUAUCAGGAUCAAAAGUUGGUCUGAAGGAUCCAACUGGGGUAUGAUUGAUGAAGAAGAAAGUUGGGACCAAUGGGAAGUUGCCAAAGAAGAGGACGAAGUGGAGAAUGAAAACAAUCUAGUUUUAGCUUGGGUGUUGGAAUCUUCACCGCCGGAGGAAGAAUUUGAAAACAAUCUGGAAUCAACUAGGGCGCUGAAAUAUUCAUCACCAGAAGAGGAGUUUGAAAAUGUUCCAGAGACCUUAGAUUUGACUGAAAACACAAUUAAUGCUGGGCAGCUUCUUUCAAAUCAACGGAGGGGUGAAGGUCUCAAGGAAAAUAUCAUGAUAGAACAAUGGGGAGUUGAGCCAAGAGUUAACGGGAGUCUAAAACAACAAACAGAUGGAGAGGAUGAAGGAAAGAUAUCUAAUGAAGACACAUACCCUCCGGGUUUUGGUCCAAAAUGGAGGGAAUUGGGCCUUAUUACAAACCUUGGGCCAAUGGACUGGACAAAGUGUAGCCAUUCGGUGGAACAACAAAAAGCAAUGGCCCAGAACCAAGAAGUUGACAAAGGAGAAGAGAAGGCUCCAGAUGGAAAAAGUACCCAAAAAGGAGCUUAUGACAAAGGGAACAAAGACUCCACUUGCAGAGCAAAACCAACAGCAACAGGACAGGCGGAGAGUAACGAUGACGACUCAAUUGAAGAAGAAAGAAGAACCCAGCCCUUUUGGGAAGGCUUGGCAAGUGACAAUGAAAUCCUGCAAUCAAAAGUUGAGAGAUUAGCCAAACAAAGAAAGAUGGAGAAGAAAAAAUUAAAGCUAAGGAAGGUAACAACAAGGAGGAAGACACAGCUGAAGCAAAAGUCAUAUCUGAAAGGAAGAAACAAAAAAUGCACAUCAGAAGUAGAGCCUCAAAAAUUCACAAUAGAAGUAGAGUCUCGAUCGAGGGGGGGUGCGAACAGAGCCAAUACUGGAGCAGAUCUCAACCUGAAUGACGAUGCAGAAGAGCUUUGGAAUAUAGGAAAGCAGCUCGGUCUAGUGGAGAAAAACAAUUCUGCAGAAAUAAUCAAAAAGCUAAGUGAGAUGGAGAAGCAGGACAAAACUGCGCUAGCAAAGCAAAGAUUGGCAAAGGCAGAGAAAAAAGGAGGUAGUGCAGGAGGUCUACUUUGCAUUUGGAAUCCAAAAAUUUUCACAAUGUUUAAGAAGAUGGAAGGGUUGGGAUUUUGUGGUAUGGCUGGAAUCUGGGGUGGUGAUCGGAUCCCCUGUUUCUUCAUAAACAUUUACUCUUCAUGCAACAAACAAGAGAAAAGGCAGAUGUGGACAGAGCUACAAGGAUUAAUCAAGGAUUCAGGGGGAGGAAACUGGUGCUUAGCAGGUGACUUCAAUGCAAUAAGGGGUAAUGAAGAAAGAAAGGGCAAAUGGUAUGACCCAGGUGAAAUGAGUGAAUUUAACAACUUCAUUUUGGAGGCAGGGCUAACGGAGAUAUCACUUUUAGGCAGGAAAUUCACUUGGUACAAACCCGAUGGAUCUGCAAUGAUUAAUGGUUGGAGUUGCUACAGAUUAAAAGAAAAAUUCAAGAAGCUUAAAGCAGAAUUGAAGAAAUGGAACAGGGAUGUGUUUGGAGAUAUUGAUAGCAACAUUGAAAAGGCAAAAGAGGAAAUAAGAGUCCUUGACGAGAAAAGGGAAACUGGGAUUCUUUCAGAAACAGAGACAAAGAGAAGACAAGAGGUUUUCCACAACCUAUGGGAGUGGAAUAAUGCAAGAGACAGCUUACUACAUCAGAAGGCAAGACAAAAAUGGUUAAAAGAGGGUGAUGCAAACAACAAGUAUUUUCACUCUUGUGUGGCACAAAGAAGAAAAUUCAAUGGGAUUGAAGGAGUCCUAAUCAAUGGGGAAUGGGUUGAAGAAGUGAAGGAAGUUAAAAAGUUCAUCAAGGAAUUUUUCAAGGAAAAUUUUGAAGAAGACAAAUGGGAGAGACCAGAAUUAAUGUUGGAUAACUUCAAGAAACUCUCAAUUGAGGAUAAUAACUCACUAGUGUCCUGCUUCACAGAAAAAGAAAUCCAAGAAGCAGUUUGGGGGUGCAACGGAAGCAAAAGUCCAGGACCAGACGGCUUCAACUUCAAUUUUGUGAAGAAAAUGUGGCCAGUUUUGAAAAAAGACAUAUGUGACUGGGUGGCAGAAUUCCACAAUAAUGGCAAAUUAGCUAAAGGGAGCAAUGCCUCAUUGAUAGUCUUGAUUCCAAAAAAGGAGAACCCUCAAAAUCUGGGAAAGUACAGGCCAAUCUCACUUAUUGGUUGUAUAUAUAAAAUCAUUGCCAAGAUUUUAGCAAACAGAUUAAAGAAAGUUAUGGACUCCUUAAUAGGGCCCCAUCAAUCUGCUUUCAUUGAAAGAAGACAGAUAACAGAUGGCAUUAUCAUCCUCAACGAGAUGCUGCAUGAAGCCAAGAGUAGCAAAAAGCCAGUUCUAAUCUUCAAAGCAGACUUUGAGAAGGCAUUCGACAGUGUAAACUGGAACUUCCUCGACAACAUGAUGGGAAAAUUUGGAUUUUGUCACAAAUGGCGUUUAUGGAUUCGAGAAUGCAUAUCAUCAGCCACAGUUUUAAUCUUGGUUAAUGGUAGCCCUACUGAAGAGUUUCAGAUGGAGAAAGGGCUUCGGCAAAGGGAUCAUUUGGCUCCAUUCUUAUUCCUCAUGAUAGCUGAAGCUUUAAAUGGACUUAUGAAGAAGGCAGUGAACGAGAAUAUGUUCAAGGGAAUUGAAAUUGGGAAGAGCGGGCUGAAACUCUCACACCUCCAAUUCGCUGAUGAUUCCAUAUUCUUCUCUGAAGCAACAGAUCAGAAUGUGAUGGUUCUAAAAAGUGUCUUAAGGUGCUUUGAGAUGGCAUCUGGCCUAAAAGUUAAUUUCUUCAAGAGCUCCCUAAUAGGAUUGAAUGUGGAGAAGAAUGAAAUGGAAAUAUUUGCAAACAAGCUCAAUUGUGCUAUCGGUCAGAUCCCCUUCAAAUAUCUGGGGGUGUUGGUUGGCUCAAAUCCGAAAAGACUAUCCACAUGGACCCUAAUGAUUGACACGAUGAGAAGGAGGUUGUCUAAUUGGAAGAGGGAUACACCGUCUUUUGGUGGACGCAUUAUCCUUCUAAAUUCUGUCCUUUCAAGCAUCUCGGUGUAUUACUUCUCAACCCUUAAAGCACCAAAACAGAUUUUGGAAGUAAAAUAUGGAAUGGAUAGAAGGAAGGUGUGGGACGGCAGCAAAUGGAAGGGAUCAUGCUCGACAUGGUGGAGGAAUUUAUGGGAGUUAGAUAGUGCAAAGGGUGUGAAAGAGGGUUGGUUUAAGGAAGGGGUAGUUAAAAAGAUUGGGGAAGGAAAAGAUAUGUUGUUUUGGCAUGAGAAAUGGGUAGGGGAUAGGUCAUUAAAGGAAAAGUUCAAUAGGUUAUUCAAUUUGUCUAGCGAGAAAGAUACUUGUAUUGCAGACAUGGGACAGUGGAAUAAUGGAGAGUGGACAUGGACUUGGAGAUGGAGAAGGAACCUAUUUGUAUGGGAAACUAAUUUGCUACAAGAACUUUGCUCAAUGCUUGAAGGAAUAAAACUAACACAAGGCAAAGAAGACAAUUGGAUGUGGAAACACAACUCAAAAGGUAGUUACACCGUGAGAUCAGCCUACAACAUCAUAAACCAGAAUCAAGAAAGUAGACAGGAUGCUCAAUACAAGCUCAUAUGGGACAACAAACUACCUUUGAAGAUCUCUGCUUUUGCAUGGAAAGCCCUACAGAACAGGAUCUCAACCAAAGACAACCUGUUGAAAAGAGGAUUAAUUGAAGAUAACACAGAAGCAAAAUGCAUCCUAUGCGGAGAAAAAGUUGAAACAUCAACACACAUCCUCUUCUCAUGUCCAAUCUCAUGGAAAAUAUGGUGCCUGUGCUAUGAUUGGUGGGACAUCCAGAUAGCAACACAAGAAGGAGGAUGGAAUCACCUAAAGCAACACAAAGGAUUGUUUAGUUCCUUCGCGUGGGUCAAAGCAAACAGGUUGCCGGACUUAUCCCAAGCACUUUGGUACAAUCAGCCUAAGGAAGCAUGCAGAAUACAGACACAGUAACUCCCUCUUUUGUUUUGCUACAUAGAAAGAAAUCUGCUCUUUGCUGAAGCUGGAGUAUGGCCUUUCACCGUCCCUGCUACUUUUUUUGGGAUUAGUACUGUAAAUGGGUUGAGGUACCCCUUGUACCUUAUCAAUAAAAUUCUCUUUGCUGA